AUGGACCUUCAGAUUGUUUGGAUGGCUUGGAAUUGGCAAGUACAUUUUCUCUUUUAUUUUGAUUUCUGCAUAUGGGCAUAUGGGCAGCUUCACUAUACCGUAGUUGAAGAGUCAGAGCCUUUAACUAUAAUAGGGAAUGUAGCUAGUGACCUGGGCUUAAGUUUUGAACAAAUUUCAGAACGUAGACUACAUCUGGGAUCUGAGGAGAGUAGGAGGUAUUUUUCCCUAAGGCUUGAAAGUGGAGAUCUGCUCCUGAAUGAAAAGGUGGACAGAGAAAAUCUAUGUGGUUUUAGCUCAAUCUGUUUACUACCAGUAGAACUAAUUAUAGAAAAGCCAUUGGAGUUAUUUCGUUUGGUUAUUGAGAUUUUGGACAUUAAUGAUAAUUCACCUAGUUUUAUUAACUCUGAGCGCUUAAUAAAAAUUCCAGAGUUAGCGGCUCCAGGAUUGCGGUUCCCUCUAGAGAAUGCCAUUGAUCUAGAUGUGGGAGCCAAUGCUGUAACUUCUUAUAAGUUGAGUCCAAACAAGUGUUUUUCACUCAAUGUGAAACAACUAAAGGAUGGAAAACUUUUUCCUGAGCUGGUAUUAGAAAAUGCAUUAGAUAGAGAGGAAAUAGGAGAAUACCAACUAAUACUAACAGCUUUGGAUGGAGGACAACCGCCCAAAUCAGGAACUGCAAAAAUAACUGUGCAAAUUCUGGAUAAUAAUGACAAUCCACCCAUGUUUGACAAAUCAGUUUUUAAGACGUCUCUGUUGGAAAACAUUCCAUUUGAUAGUUUUCUAAUAAAACUUAAUGCUACUGAUAUGGAUGAGGGCCCAAACAGUGAAAUUGAAUAUUCCUUUGAUGAUCACACUUCUGGUAAAGUUAGAAAGUUGUUCAGUCUAGAUUCAGUUAGCGGUGAAAUUCAUGUUCAAGGUAAUAUUGAUUUUGAGGAAACUAGUUUUUAUGAAAUUUAUAUAAGGGCCAGAGAUAAGGGGGUCCCAGUAAUGGAAGGACAUUGUGUUAUUCAGGUAGAAAUUGAAGAUGUCAAUGAUAAUGCACCAGAAGUUUUUGUAACAUCAUUGGAGGGGUCAGUUCCAGAAAACACACCAAUUGGAACAGUAGUUGGACUAUUCAAUAUAUUUGAUAGAGAUUCUGGCAAAAAUGGGGAAGUGCAGAUAGAAAUACCACAAGGACUUCCAUUUAAAUUCAAAUCUUUUGAAAAUCAUUACUCUUUGAUCACAGAUGAUAUUUUAGAUAGGGAAACUACACCACAAUAUACUAUUAAUAUGAUUGUCUCAGAUCAAGGGUCUCCUGCAAUGUUUGCUAUAACAGUCAUAGUUCUUAAUAUAUCAGAUUUUAAUGAUAAUGCUCCAAUGUUCUCACAUGGUUCUUUCAAUGCUUAUAUUUAUGAAAAUAACCUCCCAGGUGAUUUAAUAUGCACUGUAUAUGCUUCUGAUGCAGAUGAAGGGGAAAAUUCCCUCCUUAAAUUUUCUAUUACUGAAACAUAUGUAUCUGGCUCCCCCAUCUCUUCCUUUAUAUACAUGAAUGAACACAAUGGAAAUAUUUAUGCUCAGCGGUCAUUUGACUAUGAACAAAUUCAACUUUUAGAAAUUCCAGUUCUUGUCCAGGAUGGAGGUUCACCAACAUUGCAAUCAAAUAUUACAAUACAUUUGUUUAUUUUAGACCAAAAUGAUAAUUACCCAAAAAUCUUAUAUCCUAUUUUUACUAGAGAAACUAAUGAUCAUCUAAAGAUACGUCGCUCAGUAUCUUUAGGUAAUUUGGUCACUAAAGUAACAGCUGUAGAUGCUGACUCAGGCUAUAAUGCAUGGCUUUCUUACAGUAUCCUUCAUACAAUAGACUCCUCUAUUUUUGGAAUUUCUGCACAUACAGGAGAAAUUAGAAUUAUACAAAGUUUACUUGAGGCAGAAGAAAGCACAUACACAAUUUUUGUAUUGGUUAAAGAUAACGGAGAACUUCCUUUAACAAGUACUGCUACAGUUGUUGUAUCAAUUGAAGAAAAUGUUGAGGAUGAAAGUCCUCAAUCUCAAGAUCACCAGCCAGAUUACAAUGAACAACCUGAUAUGACUUUAUAUCUAAUAAUAUCUCUUGCAGCUAUUAGUGUAGUGUCUGUAGUAACUUUCAUAGUUUUAACAGUUAAGUGCUUGAAGAUGGAAAAUAGCCAAUUUUGCAGAUGCCUGAAUGAGCCAGAACCAAACAACUUUGCAUGUCAACCACAAGCAACUCUUCAGUUAAAUAAAGAUGGUACACUAAAGUACAUGGAAGUUAAGACUAUACCAAGACCUUCAACCCAAGCUUAUAAUACUUGCUUUUCACCAGCAUUAGAAAGAACCGAUUUCACUUUUUUGAGACCUCUGGAUUUUCCUCAGCUAAAGGAUAUUUUAAAUGAGGAUUAUGAUGAAGAUGAUGAUGUCUCUUUCUCCUUAAACAAUGAAUUCAGCGAGGUGAUUCAGGUGAGAAACCAUUAA